AUGGCUGAGAGUGAGAGAGAAUCAAUAAAAGAACAAAUCUCUAUGUUUGAUGAGAAAAUGAUAAGUGCUCAAAGGGCUGCUAGGAGGGAAAACUGGAGGGAAUUCAAGAAAUUUUUUGAAGAAGAUAGGAUGCGAUUACUUGAACCGCUUGACUUAUUUGGGAACACUGCCAUCCACAUUGCGACUCACUCCAAUAGUCCAAAUCUCUUGAAGGAACUUCUGGAGAUGCUUCCUCGACAAGAAAGGUGGCGCGCGAUGAGGAUGGGGAAUUGCGUCAAUAACACCCUUCUGCAUGAGAUUAUCUUUUGCACAAUGGUCGAAAUGGCUGGUGUUGUGUUCAAGUUGGAGAAGGAGCUGCAGCAAGAAGAACCAUAUGAGCCCCUUGUAGAGGUAAGAAAUGAUUCUGGUGAAUCCCCUCUGUUCAGGGCUGCCAAGCUUGGAAAGCUGAAGAUGCUCAAGUAUAUGGCAAAACAUGUGGUUGGUGACAUAAGAAGUCAUUUUGUAAGAUUUGAUAGAUGUUCCAUUCUUCAUGCUUGCAUUCUUGGUCAAUUCUUUGAUGUUGCUAUUUGGUUAUUGAAAUUGGAUGGAAAUUUGGCUCAACACAAGGAUAUGGAUGGGUUGACAUGUCUUCAACUUCUUGCCAACAUGCCUCUUGUUUUUCGGAGCCAAACCCCCUCAAUUGGAGCAGUGAAGAACCUUAUGUAUUAUUUGCUUCCAGACGAAGGAUAUGAAAUUGAUGAUGAUUAUGAUGAGAAGGGAGAGGAGGAGGAAGAGAGUGUUGUGUUCAGACAGAAAACAGAUCUAGAAAGUGGUCCACUGGAUGAGGCAAAGCAACCCGAGUUCAAUGGGAUUGGACAUAUUUGGCAAAAGAAGAAACAACACAAGUUAGCAGAGUGUCUGGCUGAGUUGUUAGUGCAGAAGGACUUCUCAUGGCAGAUUUCUUUUCAUUCAAAUUUUCAACCAUUGAUUGUGUUGCCAAUUCUUUCCUCCAAACUAGACAGAAUUAAAGAAAUUCAGCUGAUGAAGGAGAAACGCCAGUUAGUUGAAAUAGCUCAUUCUAGAAUCAGCAAACCUUUGCUCAAGGAAUCCAUUUCCGAAGCAUCCCAUUUUAAAAACUACACACCUCUUCUCAUGGCAGCCGGCUCAGGAAUCAUAGAAAUUGUUGAAAAAAUCAUUGACAUGAAUCCUGAGGCUAUUAGUCAUGUUAGUCAGGAUGAACACAAUGUUCUACACAUGGCUGUGAAGCACCGGCAGCUUAAAAUCUUCAAUCUGAUAAAGAGAAAUUCUGCAUUCAAAUCAUUGAUACACAGGAUAACCGGGGAAGGUCGCACUCUCUUGCACCAAGUUGCUAGAAUGGAGUUUUACAAGGAGCAACGGCUCCCUGGCGUGGCGUUCCAACUGCAAGACGAGUUGCGUUGGUACGAAAGAGUGAGAAGGAUUGUUCCUCCUCACUACUUAAUGCAUUGUGACAAAGAUGGCCUAACUGCGAAAGAUGUUUUGGAAAUGGAGCAUCAGGAUAUGCACAAAGAGGCAAAGUCCUGGAUAAAGGAGACAGCUCAAUCAUGCUCCACCGUAGCAGUUCUUGUUGCCACAGUUGUCUUUGCGGCGGCCUACACAAUCCCAGGUGGGAGCCAAAAUGGCACGCCAGUGUUCUUCGGCUCACGAGUGUUCCUCUUCUUCACUAUCACUGAUGUUGUGGCCCUUGUGAGCUCACUUGCCUCAGUGGUGAUGUUCCUUUCAAUCCUGACAUCACCGUUCGAGCUAUGGGAUUUCUACAAGUCCCUCCCAAGAAAGCUCAGCCUGGGAUUUGCAUUGCUGUUCUUCUCAUUGGUGUGCACAAUGCUGGCAUUCAGCGCAACCGUUUUGCUGACGAUUCGGUUGGAUAACAAGGAAUGGACUUCUAUUUUGUUCUAUUGUGCUGGAUUCCUUCUUGUGGCUAUAUUUGCAUGGAUGCAAUUCCCACUCUAUAAGACUCUUCAAAAGUUAGUUAGGAGGCUUUGCAACGGUGUUAAGCAGUUGGUGCCAACUACAUUGAUCAACUGUUUCAAAAGACACAAAAGAUAUUAA